AUGUGUCGCAAUAAGAAACCUCAGAAAGUGAGAUUAGUCAACAAAGAGGACAAUAACCAAGACUAUAGUGACAGUGAUUCUGAUGGUUAUUGUUAUGGAGUUAAACUCACUGGAUGCACAGAGAGUAUCAACACGGUGCGAGGUUCUUAUGUUACAGUGAACUUGAACGACAAGAAACUUAAACUGUUAGCUGACAGUGGAUCCUCUGUGAACAUUCUAGAUGAGACAGAUUAUGAGAAGAUCGGGAAACCAGCCUUACACAAAGGAAAAACGCAUGGAAAAUCAGUUCCGUAUGGUGUAAAGGACACAAUUAAAGUGCUCGGUACAUCUGAUGUUAAGAUAGGAAUAGGUAAAUUCCGAGGACAGCAAGUGAAGAUUUAUAUUGAUGAAUCAGUACCUCCCGUAGCACAGAAACCGCGGAGGACUCCAUUUAAUCUACGCAGUAAAGUUUCGAAAAAGAGAUUCAACAUCUACUAG